AUGGGUCAUCCGUCUUGGGUUAAAACAACACCUAUUUCAACACCUGAUGCAUCACACUCGAGUUCAAAGGUUUUUGAAAAAUCAGGCAAAGCAAGUAAAGUUGAAGCGAAUGGCCAAUGUGAAAGAGCACCAGGGGUUAGACCAAGACGGAGAGACCAAAUCGAACCGGGAAGACGAAGGGUCCAAGACGAUGAAGCAAAUGACCUUAGUGAUCUUGAAAGUGAACAAGAGUCUAAUGCUAGUGAUCGACGUAGGCAACACCGACAACGAGAUCGAAGACACGAAGAUGAUGAUUUCAAGAACAUUAAACUGUCUAUUCCACCGUUUCAAGGUAGAUUGGAUCCGGAGGCCUAUCUUGAGUGGGAAAAAAAGAUAGAGUUGGUGUUCGAUUGUCACAAUUACUCCGAGAAUAAAAAGGUGAAACUAGCAGCAAUAGAGUUUUCGGACUAUGCCAUGAUUUGGUGGGAACAACUAACCACUAGUCGGAGGCGUAACGGUGAACAUCCUAUCUCUACAUGGAUCGAAAUGAAGGCGGUGAUGAGGCGACGAUUUAUUCCUGCGUACUAUCACUGGGAGUUGCACCAAAAACUCCAAAAUCUCAUGCAAGGGUCCAAAAGUGUCGAGGAUUACUACAAAGACAUAGAAAUCGCGAUGAUUCGAGCGGAUGUCCAGAAAGAUCCUGAAGCAACGAUGGCGCGAUUCCUUGCUGGUCUAAAUCGAGAUAUAGCAAAUGUAGUGGAAUUACAACACUACAUUGAAGUGGUUGAUAUGGUCCAUAUGGCCAUCAAGGUGGAAAGACAACUCAAGAGAAAAGGCCCAAGUCGAGGGUUUCCCACUUCCAACCCUUCAAAGUGGAGCCAAGAUCAAGUAAAGGACCUGCCAAUCCUCAAGGGAAGGAGACCAUGGUACCUCCAAAAACCAACAAGCCCAUCACCGAAGAACAAAGGCAAGGCACCCGAAUCAUCAUACAAUCAAAAUCAGGAUAUCAAGUGUUUUAAGUGUCUCAGAAGAGGCCACAUAGCAAGCCAAUGCCCAAAUCGAAGGACCAUGGUAUUGCGAGCAGAUGGCGAGAUCGAAACAGAGGAUGAGGAGGAGAAAGAAUCUGAAUCAGCUUCCGAAGUCGAGGAGGACGUGGAACAACCCAUGGAAGGAGAACUACUUGUUGUAAAACGAAGUCUAAGCAGUUGUACCAAUGUAGCAAGUACCAUGAUGGUUGAAAGACUUGGUUUGCCUACUACCAAGCAUCCGAGCCCCUACAAACUUCAAUGGCUCAAUGACGGAGGAGAGCUUAAGGUAACAAAACAAGUACUUGUCUCUUUUAACAUCGGCAAGUAUUUGGAUGAAGUUCUUUGUGACGUUGUACCGAUGCAUGCGAGGCAUUUGUUACUUGGCCGACCGUGGCAAUUUGAUAGACGAGUUCAAUACGACCGGUAUACCAACCGGUAUACAUUCAAAUUCAUGGGAAAGAAUGUGACGUUGGCGCCGUUGACUCCCAAACAAGUGUAUGAAGACCAAAUCAAGCUAAAAGCUUCUAUUGAGCAAAUCAGAGAAAAAGAAAAAGAAAGUUGUAAAAAAAUAAAGGAAGAGAAAAAUAAGAAAAAAAAACAAAAGAGAGACGGAACAUGGCGCAUGUGCGUGGAUUGCCGAGCCGUUAACAAGAUAACGAUCAAAUACCGUCAUCCCAUUCCUCGCUUAGAUGACAUGUUAGAUGAGCUUAGUGGGGCCAAAGUGUUUUCAAAAAUCGAUUUGAAGAGUGGCUACCACCAAAUUCGGAUGCGAGAAGGAGACGAAUGGAAAACGGCAUUCAAGACCAAGCACGGACUAUACGAAUGGUUGGUUAUGCCUUUUGGCCUUACCAACGCUCCAAGUACGUUCAUGAGACUAAUGAACCAUGUCUUAAGGCCUUUCAUCGGUAAGUUUUGUGUGGUAUAUUACGAUAUAUUGAUUUACAAGAAAUCUAUGGAAGAACAUGUAAGUCAUCUCAAAUCUGUUUUAGAAGUUUUGCGAAAAGAGACCUUAUAUGCUAAUUUAAAGAAAUGUUCUUUUUGUUCUAACAAAACUAUUUUUCUAGGAUUUGUAGUUAGUGCGGAUGGUCUCGAGGUAGACCAAGAGAAGAUUAAGGCCAUACGAGAUUGGCCAAGGCCUACGAGCGUUACGCAAAAAAAUUCUUCUUUUAUUUGGAACGAUGAACAAGAGAAAUCAUUUAUAAAAAUCAAAGAUUGUCUCACUAACGCUCCUUUGCUUGCCCUUCCAGAUUUCUCGAAGACUUUUGAGAUCGAGUGUGAUGCUUCGGGCAUUGGAAUAGGGGCCGUGUUGACACAAGACGGACGUCCUGUGGCUUACUUUAGUGAAAAACUCAAUGGAGCCAUACUCAACUAUCCGGUGUAUGAUAAAGAGAUGUACGCGCUCAUACGAGCUCUUGAGACAUGGCAACAUUACUUAUGGCCUAAGGAAUUCGUUAUUCACUCCGAUCACGAAGCCUUGAAGCACAUCAAAGGCCAACAUAAGUUGAACCGACGCCACGCGAAGUGGGUUGAAUACCUUGAGUCGUUUCCAUAUGUCAUCAAAUAUAAGAAAGUGCAUGAGGCGCAUAGUGGCGGGCUUAUGGGCCAUUCUACGACUAAAUUCUCCCCAAUUGAAAUUGUUUACGGUUUUAAUCCCUUGACUCCUUUAGAUCUAUUGCCUUUACCUACUGAUCAGUUUGUCCAUGUAGAUGCGAAGAAAAAGGUAGAUUUUGUCAAGGAUUUACAUAGCAAGGUGCGGGCCAAUAUCGAGGCUAGGACUGAGUCCUAUGUUCGUAAUACGAACAAAGGCCGAAAACGAGUAGUUUUUGUACCCGGAGAUUGGGUGUGGGUUCAUAUGCGAAAAGAAAGGUUUCCAGCUCAGCGAAAGUCGAAGUUAUUGCCGAGAGGAGAUGGGCCGUUUCAAGUUUUGGAACGAAUAAACAAUAAUUCUUAUAAACUUGAUCUCCUAGGUGAGUACAAUGUAAGUGCUACCUUUAAUGUAGCUGAUCUCUCUUCUAUGAUAUAG